AAAACUGUCUCCAGUUAAGCCUUCCACUUUAAAUAUAUGCUAUACAACACAGUUUUUUAGCUGUAGUUACUGAAAUAAAGCUCAACCUUCAGUUCAGAACUGCAGGUCUACAAAAAUAGUCCGUUGGAACAACUGGCCACAUAUUCAGUCAGAGUCAAGUCCACUGUAAGUUUAUCUACUGACGUAUUUUUCACUGAAAAUGGGUUUGCGAGGCAUUGGUUUUCUCCUGCAGUGUUACCUGAUGUUGGCAGCAGCCAUGUAUUUUGAUCUCGGAGAACAGGAGGAAAAAUGCAUCAUUGAGGAGAUUCCUGAAGACACAUUGGUUACUGGUGAGUCCUAAAGAGAGAAUAGAUUUCUCCUGAGUGUAGUUUAUGACCUCAACAGUGGUAAUGGAUUAACAUUGUGAAUUACACCUGAUUGUUGAGUCACACAGAAAUGUUAAAUGUAUUUUCAUGGUGGCGCCUCUUGUGUCUGUAUGAGCAGAAUUCAUUUGUGAAUAUCAAACUACCAAAGUUGCAUCAUUCUGAAAAGAAAUCUGUUUUGUAUUUUAACACCAAAGACAAAUUAAAACUGAAAAGAGCAGUCUAUUCAGAGCAUGUUUAAGAACAGUGUUUUAUUCAGUAACUCUUCAUCAGAGAAUUAUGAGUGUUUGUGGACUGAGGUGCUACUUGUAACUUGUCAAGAAAUAUAUGUAUUAAAUGAUAGAUUAUGUAAAAAGACUAACUGGAAAGAAUUUUUAUUUACAUCCUUAGAAAAGCUUCCCAAUUUAAUCCUCAUUGCACUGACCUCUACACUAUUGUAUGUGAGUUUGUGUGUGACUGUUCUCACUUGAAAUUGUCAUACCUUUAGGUUAUUUCUUGCUGGAGCCUUGGGAUAAAAGAACGGUUACCUCCUCCCCUCACCUCGGCGUCACUGCAACAGUUCGAGACCCCAACCAUGAGGUACUGCACUCACAGGAGAGUUCAUUCACAAAAUGACAGAGACAUACAAAUGUGUUGGUUGGCCUCUAUAUUCAAAACAAACAAAAACAAGAAUGAAUCCCUCCAACAAAGUGUUAUUAAAGAUUGACCCUGCUUGUGUCUGUCUUCUCGUUUAAAAAAAAUAUGUUGUAACACACCUCCAACUCUUCUUUUUAUACCAACUGAUCAGCGCCCUGUGUUGGCCUCAAGUUGUCUUGCCAUGUUUUUCCCACCUUCUAGGUUCUGAUGAAAAAACGCUUCGGCAAAUUUGGGAAACUCACAUUCACAGCUCAUGCCUCUGGUCUGCACUAUCUCUGCUUCCAAACCAACUCGACUCGAUUCUCCGUUUUCGCUGGAGAGAAGCUGGUGAGACCUAAAUAGACACAAAUAAAUCAGUUUCAAACAGGGGAGGAUAUGCAGACACAUAUUAAGUACUGCACUAUUACAAUAUUUCAUUGCAAACUGAAUAAAGAAAAUAAAUUUAGAUUUGUCACAGAUUAUUCUAAAAAUGUUCACCAUUUUUUUUUCUAUCUACUACACAGAAGCUACACUUGGAUGUACAGAUGGGAGAGCACACUAUUGGCCAUGAAAAUACCAAAGACAACAUGGCCCUUUUGGAGAAUAGCCUCAGACACCUCAUAGAUCAGAUGACGUACAUCAGCAAGCAGCAGGAGUAUCAAAGGGUAAAUAAUCACACAAGAUGGUGCAUUUAAUAGUAGUUUUGAUCAUUGUUGCAAAUCUUCCACCAUACUAUACAUUUCCUCCUUAUUACCAGGAAAAAGAGGAAGUCUUCCGUCAGAUCAGCGAGGAGACCAACAGCAAAGUGCUAUGGUGGGCUGUAGUACAAACUUCUAUUCUGCUGUCGGUUGGUUUCUGGCAGAUGAAACGACUGAAAGACUUCUUCAUUGCCAAGAAGUUGGUCUAAUGAUGACCAUUUCUGUCCCAUGAAUGUACAUAACAGUCAGCAACAGUCUUGCAGAAUAAAAGCUCUCUUCCCUUAUUGUCAAACAUCUGGUGACAGGCUUAAAUAUACAAGUUUUACACUUACAUUAGAUUGCUGGGUGUUUAUGUUAUGGCUGGUAGACAAAUAAAAACGUUAUGAGGCAUAUAUGAUGGCAUAAGAAAAACCACAAGGGUAUGGUACAUCUUUUAAAUAGGAUAUAACAGGAAAGUUGUCAAAUCUGCAAUCUUUCUUUCUUUCUUUUCACCUUUUGUAUCAAAUCCAUAUAUUUUCCUUUCUUUUUCAACUCUGACAACAAAGUUACAUGGGGCUUGAAAAUGCCAUGAUGUGCUUAGAUGUUAUCACUACACUGAUAUAGUGCAUACUUGUGUUUAUAUGCAGCUUUCUGUCCAGAGGUACAGCCUUUAUAAUGACUUACGUUUUCACAGUGCAAAAUGAGCCUUCAACUGCAAUAAAAGGUCAAAAAGGUA